AUGCAGGAUGUACAACUCCACUUCACCGAUAGCGGCUUCUUACUCAGCGGAAAUAAUGCGGCAAAUGCCUGGAAUAAAACAGCCUAUCCGAGUGCUGCCGUUUAUAAUAGUGAACGGCAGGAGAACUAUCUCUUGAGUUGCAUGGAAAAAGCUGAGAAAGACAGAACAUGCCACUUAUGGUUCAGUCAGUACUCGUCCAGCAGAACCUUGCGGAUACGAGACAUGAUGUUCAAUACAACAACAAGGCAACGAACCGCAGAACGGCUUAACAUCACAGUGAGACCGAUCAUUACAACUCCUCUUUUUGCCCCCGGGGCCUCUGAUUUUAGCUUAUACUCUGAGACCGACUAUCCUAAUCUCUACGGAGCGUACAGUCCUAGUACGCAAGCAGUUGGUGACCUCAUGGACGCAUUAUAUGCCAAAGGUGCACGCACUUACGCGCUUUUCUACGAAGAUGAUGAGCCCUUAGAUCAGCUCUACUAUCGCAACCUAGUACAUUGGUUGGACUCAAUAAAGAAUCGGGAAGAUCAGCCCGAUUGGAAACAGCUCCUUUUUCGAAAGGUCAGUUUUACCCAUAGAGCUACCGAGUACCAGGAUGCUAUCAACGAGAUUUACAGAAAGCAGCGGGAAUACAAUCCAACCGACGAAACUCCCGAUGUGGUCUUAUUCGCAGGUAAUAAGGUGGAAGGAAACCCGGCACGUGUACUUCAGCUCUUCCAACAGUUCAGUCUCGGACCAGAUAAUCUGUUCUUCACCAAUGCUAUAACCAUCGAGCAGAAAGUAGAAAUGCGGGCGUUAAAUGAAUACAAUGGACUGAUACUCAGUGACAUUUUCCUGGAAAGCGAGGUGAUAAAAAACGAAAACAUAACUACCGACUUCUUCGAUUUGGGAACUGAAGUUGUUGCACGAUAUGCAGCACAAAAUACACUCAGCGAGCCUAUAAGUCUCGUCAGCGCUGUGACACUGAUUGCGAUCCAAACUGCACUGAUGGCAAUGGUCCGAUCUGGUUGCAACAAAUUUGAUACUUUUCCUGAGGGUGUUGUAUCGUAUUGCAUUCGACAAGGGAUUUACUCUCCAUGUUCCACGAUGCCAAAUCCCAACACAGAGUCGUGCCUGACUUUAGGUGCAGAAAAAUUGGACGUCAAUACUUGGUACGGCCGCGUAAGCUUCAGCAAACAGCAAGUGGACAAAUCUUUUAUUUAUUCACGAAUGUACAGUCAGGGUGGCCAGGAAGUAAUAUCCCUGGAUACCGUCAACAUGACCAAGCCAGAUGAUUGGCCGUACCGACACUUUACCGAGAACAGCGAUGUGCUACGUAUUGUAACGGGUGUGCUUACGGGAGUGGCACUUGUCGGGUGCUUAUUCGGGGUGGGUGCAGUUGAGAGAUGCGGGAAAUAUCUAGUUAUCCGCUCCAGUGCAAAGCUGUUUCUACAGCUCAUACUACUAGGCGCUUUGGUACUCUACUCGUCUAUCUUCUGGCUAAUUGUGGAUGUGACCGACUUCACUUGCAACGGGUUCGUAUGGUUCAGUUUCACAGGAUGGGUGCUUGCCUUCGGUGGUCUGUUGGUAAAGACGCACAGAGUAGAUCAGAUUUUCAAGGUCCAGCGCAAGACACGAUUACACGAUCGACGCCUGCUAUUAGUCUGCUAUCUACCCCUGGUGGGUGCAUUCAUCUUGUACCUAUCACUAUGGACUGUACUGGACCCAGUGAGGACAACCGAGUACACGGUCAAACAGAGUGCCUGGACCGAGUGCAAUCUCAACACGUCUGGCAUGUAUGUGGGCGUGGGUAUGCAAGUAUUGAUGCUGAUCUGGGCGGUGGUUCUCGCAUUCCGAGUUCGCAACACGCCUUCGGCCUUUAAUGAGGCCUUUUUGAUCUCUGCAAGUGUGUACAACUGGGUGGUCAUACACUCGGUUAUACUGGUGCUCAUCUACCUUAUGAACCCUGCACCAAACACUCAGUUGCUGUUUCUAUUCCUUUACGGCUACCUCCCGCUAACGGUGAUGUUGUGCAUGAUGUUUGUUCCGAAAGCCUAUGCUAUAUACUCCGGCAAGGGCGAUCAAGUCAAGGCCACAACCAUGUCACAGAAAUCAACCAAUCAGCCGGGAAAGUUCAGCACAUUCAACACAGAUCAGGAACAGAUUAGGAGGCAAAGCUGUAUAAUAAACCGUUCCGUCAUUGAGAAACCAGUGGAUGACAACAUUAGCAGCGAAGGACAAAUGAAGACCAUGCGAGCCGAAGUGGGGCGACUGAUAGUCGAGAAUACGCGUUUGACAGAUGCGCUGGCCAGGAUACAAAACCCACACGUGGCCCAGAGCAGUGCGCUCGCGCGUGUGCAGAACUCAGCGACCGAGAGGACACGUGACCACAGCGAAUCAGUCAGCAGCAUAUCCAGCGACAGGCGGACCAUCAGACUAACUGCCUCAAACACUAACGUACAUAACAUGGAAACUAGAUGA